GCGCCCAAGGAGGCCCAACAUGAAUGGCACCGCCGGGCAGCAGCAGCAGCAGCAGCAGCAGCAGCAGCAGCAGCAGCAGCAGCAGCAACAGCAGCAGCAGCAGCAGCAGCAGCAGCAGCAACAGCAGCAGCAGCAGCAGCCGCCCCGGCCGCGCCAGCCUGUGCGCCCCGAGGCUCGGCCCCGACAGCCGCCAAGCGUUAUCAUCUCCCGCGCCGCUGCCAUCAACCAGAAGGUCAUUCAGGCCGCUGAGUCGGGCCAGGUCUGCGCCCUGCUCGCCACCAUAGAGGCGCACCUUCCGAGUAUGAACGUGGUGAACCUGUCCACCUCGGUCUACCGGUUGGCCAAGCUCGCGUCGGGGCAGCACCAGCUGCAGGCCGAGCUGCAGCACUGUCCCGUGCUGGAUCAGCUGUUGCGGAC